ACCAUCCAAGAAAAGACUCUUCCCCAGAGCUGUGGGCUGUAGAUGCCAGCUGGUCACAUUGACGAUCUCAGGAACUUGGCGUUCCCAGCAGGAUAAGAGGUGUCUGGCUUGACUCCAGUUCUCACAUCCAAGAUACUGACUACUGAAGAAAUAGGCUGGCCAGACAUUUUCAUAUUCUGGAACCACUGAACAGGCCAGCUCUUCUUCAGAAUGGCAUCUUCUAGACUUUUGAGCAUCCUGGUCUUAUCCGCCUUUCUAGUGAAUGUCCAGGGUUUCGGUGACUGGAUCUUUCCCAGGAGAUGCCCCAGAAUCCAAGAGAAAUGUGAAUUCAAAGAAAGGGAUGAAUGUACGAAGGACAGACAAUGUCUGGACAACAAGAAGUGUUGCAUCUUCAGCUGUGGAAAAAAGUGUUUAGACCUCCACCAAGACAUAUGUGAUAUGCCCAAAGAAACUGGCCCCUGCAUGGCCUUUUUUCAUCGUUGGUGGUAUGACAAGGAAAAGGGUACCUGCUCCAGGUUCAUCUAUGGUGGCUGCAAAGGAAACAAUAACAACUUCCAAACCAAAGACAUGUGCCAGAACAUGUGCUCCAAAAAACAGAAGUGUCCCGAAAACAAACCACCAUGCAGUUUCAAAGAAAUCGACCACUGUGGGAGGAAAAAACGUUGCUCGGGGAAGAUGAAGUGUUGCAAGUUUAACUGUGCAAAGAAAUGUGUAGACCCCGAUGAAGACGUAUGCAGUUUGCCCAAGGAAGUUGGCCUCUGCCUCGCCCUCAUUCCACGCUGGUGGUACAACAAGGAAACCAAACGUUGCUCCAAAUUCACCUAUGGUGGUUGUGCUGGAAACAACAACAACUUCCAGUCUGAAGCUGUCUGCAGGUCCAUCUGCCCAGAUGUGUAGUCACCAACUCCCUGGGCAGGAUAAAGAGAAGUAGAACAACCUCCAGAACUUGGUUGUAAUCCAGGGCUCUCUCCAUGUGUGCCUGACUGAUGCUUCUUAUUGGCUUCCUCAGCUGCCAAGACAUUGGCUGCUCCAAAACCGAACCCCCGCGUUUGCUUACUCUCUUUCCUGCAGCUCAGCUUCUUUCCAAACAUAAUGCCCUUUACCCUUUGGCCCUUUCUCAGUGUGAGAUCCUAUCUCUUCAACUCUCGGGGCCCCCAUGUAUCCUCCGGAAGCCACCAGUUUCCCUAAUAAAGUUUUC